AUGGCCCAGACUCGUGUCCACACAUCACAAGUCGCGUAUGCAGGGCCGCUGCGGCUGCAUACAGCUCCAUCCAGUUCUACGGCUGACCUUCCCAUGAGACGGCGGCUAAAAUGGCGUGACGGGUCAUCAUCGUCAGAGGACAAUACCCUACCUGUACCACCUGAUGAUGAGAUACUGGUCGAAGAUCUGCGCGUUGGGGGCCCCAUAUUAUGCCGUUUGCCUGCAGAUGUCUUCCCUGUAACCGCCACAGACGCUAUUACCUCAGUGUUCAACUCGGAGCUACGCGGCCCCAUCAUGCAGGAAAUUCAAACCUCAGGCAUUGACUUUGAAUCAAUGGAAAUAUGUGUCUCAGCUGGACACAUAGAUCUCGACGUUGAAAUCUCUGACCCUCUUGCAUACAUGCCUAUACUUUCGUACCCGGUGGGUCCGAAUGAUCGAAUUGUUCACAUCUGGCCCAGUCUGAAGGAGAGAAUUCUUAAAAUCUUGAACGGACAACGCUGGCGUACCCUAGAUGUUCUCAGGCGUGGUCGAGAGGGUGAAGAACGAAUUAUAACCAUCAUAGUCACCAUCAGGGAAAUCUCAGGGAUCGUGUCGAGACACUGGAGUGGAAUCAGAGAUCGCAUCAUAGAUGUUAUCGACUCUGUAGGGCUUGAAGAUGUCGCAGUAGAGAUAGGGCGAGGGGAUAUAUACCCACAUGAUACACAGGGCGCCGAUGUUCUUGACGAGCGUGACUGGAAUCGGAAAGCUCGUUUCGGAGGGUCCCUAGCAACAUUGCGGGACACAAAGAGAGGCGGAACUUUCGGAGGUUUCGUCGUUUUAGAUUUCCCAGACCUAUCAUCGAAAACUUACGGAUUGACUUGUUUCCACUGCGUCGUAAAUGAGGAUACUCCCAAACCAGAACGCGAUAGGUGGGAGCAGAAGGGGAUCAAACCAGGAGACUCGGCCAAUAGAAUCAAGCUAUCACACCCUUCUCAGCGUGACCAUGAUAACAUGAUGACUCAAUACAGUGGGAUUCUUGAAGGGCACCGUACACCAGAAUACUACGAACUUGAAAAGCUCGCAAGUGAACCAGACGCUUUCCUUAUCCCUUCACAACAAAAGCUGUUAGAGAUCAAACGGAAAUGCAUCGCUAAACUAGAGCAUCAGAUCCGGACGGCCGAGGAGUUCAUGAAGGAUGGGGGAAACUACUUUGGUACAGUUUAUGCGGCAUCUGGUUUACGGUUAGCUGAGUCUAACUCCUCGUUGGAUUGGGCCCUAAUUGAAGUUGACGAAGGAAGGAUAUCUAGUAACAAGCUGUCCCCUGAGGUGGUUUCGAUGUAUAGCGCGUUUAACCCAAUUAGUGGAACUCAUGUUACCGAGGCCUCCUUCAUGCUUGACACAAAUAUACCUGUAUUCAAAUUAGGUCGCUCAACAGGCUUCACAAAGGGAAUGAUCAACGGGAUAGAAACCACAACGCUACUUUCUUGGACCUUAGGAGGCCCAUCUGGGGACAUGCCAACCCAGAAAUGUAGACAAGACUGGGUUAUCGCUCCUUCUCACGAAGAUGACUCUUCUGCUCGUGGUGACUUUUCUGCUCGUGGUGACUCUGGGGCGUUUGUCUUAGAUAAGUACGGGAGAUUUAUCGGACUUCUCUUCGGCGGGAACCUGCACUGCAGUAUCUCCUACAUGACAUCUGCUUCCGACCUAUUCCAAGACAUUAAGGAGAUCACGGGUGCGUCUAAUGUCCGCAUUCACCAAGCCGAGGAUUAA